GUGCCCUGUCGGAACUGUCCCUUUGUCGGUACGUGACUGUUUUCUGGACACUCCUUGCAACUGUGCUUGUUCUUCUCGCCCUUUCCGACCUCGUGCUGGUUUUAUUUGGAGCCCAGUCAAUACUCGACUCGUACACCGGACUCUGUCGAUCAUUGAAGCUUCACAGAGCAUUUGUAUCCUCCUCCUAAACCACCCUACCAGGUUUCGUUGCGACACACUCGGGUGUCGCAGUCAAUUUCCGUCAUAAUGGGUGGCUCCGUGUCUAAGAUUAUGGGGAAGAUCUUUGGGACGAAGGAAAUGCGCAUCCUGAUGCUGGGUUUGGAUGCUGCUGGAAAGACAACGAUCCUUUACAAGCUCAAGCUCACCAAUCAGGACGUCACCACCAUUCCUACAGUUGGCUUCAACGUUGAAAGUGUCACCUAUAAAAAUGUCAAGUUCAAUGUUUGGGAUGUGGGUGGCCAGGACAAGAUCCGGCCUCUGUGGAGACAUUAUUAUUCUGGUACGCAAGGUUUGAUCUUCGUCGUCGACUCUAGUGAUACACAACGCAUGGACGAGGCUCGCUCCGAACUACACAAGAUCAUCAACGACCGCGAAAUGAAAGACGCUCUUCUACUGGUGUUUGCCAACAAGCAAGACAUUCAGGGUCAUCUGAGCCCUGAGGAAGUCACCAAUGCUCUUCAACUCACCAAAUUGAAGGAUAAGCUCUGGUAUGUCGCUCCCAGUGUUGCGACGGAGGGAACAGGCAUCUUUGAGGGACUGGCAUGGCUCUCCAACAAUGUCAAGACCCCGCCCCAGAAAUAGAAUGGCCAACAAUUUGCCCUUUUCCCCCGGGUUAUUCGCAUCUGAGAGGCGCUGCGCAAUAGCCUCAUGUACAACACUCUGAUCGCGACGCUACCUAUACCAAUCUUCUCGAUUUCGCUUCAUGUCCGUUUUUGAUGACAGAACGACGCAGCAUUUGAAACUUCAUCUCUCGCUUGCCGCUCUCCAUGCAUAUCAAUUUCCUGUGUUUCCCCCCUUGUCUCCAGUUUCCUUUGUUGUCAUUGUUUCCUGUUCUGAAUAAUAUUCCGUGAUAUCCCCUCUGUUCCUUUAUGGGUCAGUUAUGAGUUUUACCACCUUACACCUUAAUAAUACAGUUGGCUUUGAUUUGCUUCUGUUGCUUUUCCUUUCUGCUCUUGUGUUGUGCUAUACAUUUUUUUCUAUUUUCUAGAGUAAAAUAGAGGGCAGUUUGGUCUGUGUUGAUUUGCCUAAAGCUCCAUCAAAGGCUUAUCUCAGCAAUAAUAAAAGCGCUACAUCUCUUGCU